GAUAAUCUGCAGAAUAUAUCAAUAUGGAUCUGUCAGGAGGACGGAGCGAUGUUCUGGGCUCCUCCCAUUCAGUCUUGCACAGGUGUACCGGCUCCUCCCCUUCAGUCUUGCACAGGUGUACCGGCUCCUCCCUCUCAGUCUUGCACAGGUGUCCCGGCUCCUCCCCUUCAGUCUUGCACAGGUGUACCGGCUCCUCCCUCUCUGUCUUGCACAGGUGUACCGGCUCCUCCCCUUCAGUCUUGCACAGGUGUCCCGGCUCCUCCCCUUCAGUCUUGCACAGGUGUCCCGGCUCCUCCCCUUCAGUCUUGCACAGGUGUCCCGGCUCCUCCCCCUGGACUGAAACGGCUUCCUCUGAUGUCACCGCACACUGGGAGCUUCUCACAAUGUGCAUUAGAAGCUGCAGCCAGUCGGAGAGAGCUGGGAGGCAGACGGUGAUCCUGGGUGACACCUGAAGAGAGAUGGUG